AUGUUUCGCCAGACUCUUGCCCGGCAAAUACGCCCCGCCAGCGGCAAAAAGCUUUUGAGCACGAGCUCCGUUUUGUGCAACGAGAACAAGGGCAAGUCGCCCUUGGAAGUGUUUUUCCAGACAUUCAAGCAGGAGGUGAAGAAGUCAAGCGAGCUCAAGGAAAACAUCAAGGCAUUGCAGGAUGAAAGGGGCCGUGUGGCCGAGAGCGAGGCGUUCAAGCGCGCCAAGGAGGCGUACGACCGGGCACAAAAAGGCAGUUCUGCCGCGGGCAAGGUCGUAAAAAAAACCGCGGAGGCCGUGGGCGGCGUUGCCCACAAGGCGUGGGAGUCUCCGGUCGGCAAGGGUGUGCGGACCACGGUCUUAACCGGCGCGGAGGCCGCGGACAAGGCGUUUGAGCCCGUCCGCAAGACGCAGGUGUACAAGGACAUUGGCAAUGUGAUUGACGACGGCUCGUCCACUGCCUACGGCGGGUUCUUGACCAAGGAACAGAGAGAGGAAUUGAGAAAGAAGGAGCUACAAAAGAGGCUCCAGGAAGGCAAGGGCUGGAAGCCCGUCAAGGAAAACGAGGAGGCCGGCGGCGCGUUGGUGGCCACGGACAGCAAGCCCACGGGCCCCAGCGUGGGCCAGAAAUGGGAGGACUUCAAGGUGCGCAGUCCUGUUGGCCGUGCCAUUGUGUUGUUGAAGGAGCGGUGGGACGAGUCCGAGAACGGGUUGAUCUCGCUCGUGAGAACUGUGUUUGAGAAGAUCGCGGGCUUCUUCUCCGAGACGGAGCAGGCCCAGGUCGUGAAGCAGUUCCGCAUGAUGGACCCCACGUUCCGCGUCACGGACUUCACGCGCACCUUGACCAACUACAUCGUGCCGGAGUUGUUGGACGCGUACAUGAAGAACGACCAGGAGGUGUUGAAGACCUGGUUCAGCGAGGCGCCGUUCAACGUGUGGCAGGCCAAUAACAAGCAGUUCAUCCAGCAGGGCCUCUUCUCCGACGGCAAGAUCUUGGACAUCCGCAGCGUGGACAUCGUCACGUGCAAGAUGUUGCAGCCCAACGACACGCCGGUGGUGGUGGUGUCGUGCCGCGCCCAGGAGAUCCAUUUGUACCGCAAGGCCAAGACCGGCGAGGUCGCCGCCGGUGCCGAGGACCACAUCCAGAUGAGCACGUAUGCCAUGGUGUUCACCCGCGUGCCCGAGGAAAUGGACAACGAGACCACCGAGGGCUGGAAGGUGAUUGAGUUUGCCCGUGGCGGCUCGAGACCCUUCCAUUGA